UUCAAGCAAAUGGCGUCGUACAGGUGGAGAUCGUUGCGUCAAAUUACACAAAUCAUGAAUGAAUUCUAAGUGUUGUGGCAUAUUUCUCAUGAAUUAAGAGUAUUGUCAGUUCCGGUAAGCCUCCUCACGACUGCAGUGUAAUUUAUUUUAUGUCUACGAUUAUAAAUUGGAGUCAAGCGGACAACUAUAUUGUGCAACCUGCAACAUACUCCAGCCACAGCAUCAGUACUCGUUCCUUUACUCAGCAACAAAGUGCAUAUCACAAAAUGAACGAAGUAAGCGGAGGAAAGCAAGAUAUACCUAAUACUUCGAGUUGGGAAGCCCUGUCAGGGCAAUCAGUAUCUUCCUUGCCGAUACAUCAUCAUCAGAUACUACAGCAAGACCCAAACUCAACAGUAGCACAAGUUAUAGUUCCUACACCUGUUAAACUUCAACCACCUAUGCUAACACCAGCGCAAACUAUAGCUGAUCACUGUCCACAACUUGGUCACAUGCAACAACCACCUCUGAUAACUCAAGGUGCACCACCAGGAGCCUUUCCAGAACCUGAAUUAUCACCAGAACUUCAGCAGCAAGGAUGGAAAAAAUUUUGGAGCAAAAGAGAAAAUCGACCAUAUUUCUGGAAUAAGUUGACUGGAGAAUCUCUAUGGGUGAUACCUUCUUUGAAACCACAGUUUGAUCCAAUCACGGAUCCACUUGGCAUCUGUGGUGUACCACCUAUACCAGGGAACGGAGCUAUUCCAGCAGCUGGUACUCCGGGUGGUACGUUGAAACGUAGAGCAUCGGAAGACGGAGCAGUCCCUCCAGCAAAGAAAUUUGUACUGGCGGGCCCAUGGGAUUUGGAGAUACCUACGAAUGUUAUAAUAUACGAGAGAGCGCCAUCGAAUUUACCGCAUGUCCAUCCCGAGGCGGAAGCAUUGCGUUGCGCUUUAUUAGCGAAAUUGCGACAGUGUUACCAGGAACUGUGUCAUACUCGCGAAUCUAUAGACGCACCGAAGGAUUCCUUUAAUAGAUGGUUGAUGGAACGGAAGGUGAUCGAUUGCGGUUCGGAUCCGCUGUUACCGAGUCAAUGUUUCCCUGAAAUCUCGAUGUCCAUGUAUCGCGAGAUCAUGAAUGAUAUUCCCAUCAAACUGGUGAGACCUAAAUUCACGGGCGACGCCAGGAAACAGUUAUCGCGCUAUGCCGAAGCCGCGAAGAAGAUGAUAGAGUCGAGGGCGGCAUCAUCCGAGAGCAGGAAGGUGGUCAAAUGGAAUGCGGAGGACACUUUUCAGUGGCUGAGACGAACGGUCGGCGCGACAUUCGACGAUUUUCAAGAUAGGCUCGCCCAUCUCAAGCGACAAUGUCAGCCGCACCUAACGGAGACUGUUAAAGCUAGCGUCGAGGGGAUAUGUUUGAAAAUUUAUCAUCUUUCCACGGAAUAUGCAAAGAAGGUGAAGGACAGGAAUAAUCAGAUCCUCAAGGAUAAUGGCUUGGGAGAUGUCAUACCGCUGGGCGGGCCAGCUAGUACGCAGAGGAAAGUUUGGUGUUAUCCAGUGCAGUUCUCUCUUCCUACACCAAGACUCCCGCAGACGGAUUAUCUACCAGAGCGCGAGCAAACGAUGUUACGCUUUCACGGCGACACCAUGUGUAUCAAUAACAUACAUCUCACCAAGCUGGAACACUUGUACAGGUACAACUGUUUCGACGACAAAAAGUUCGAAAUGUUUCUGCCACGCGUGUGGUGUAUGUUGAAGCGUUAUCAAACGUAUCUUGGAAUCAACGAGGGUCAAGCCACCCAGAUGGCCCUGCCCGUUACAGUCUUCGAAUGCCUUCAGAGAUCGUUCGGCGUGACGUUCGAGUGUUUUGCAUCGCCUCUAAACUGUUACUUCCGACAGUACUGCUCAGCAUUCGCUGACACGGACUCGUACUUCGGAUCGAGGGGACCGUUUCUGGACUUCAGGCCAGUCAGCGGGUCGUUUCAAGCGAAUCCGCCAUAUUGUGAAGAAUUAAUGGAAGCGAUGGUUAAUCAUUUCGAACGUUUGUUGGCUGAUUCGACGGAACCUCUAUCGUUCGUGGUGUUUCUACCGGAGUGGCGAGACCCAGCACCCAAUGCGCUCAUCAAACUCGAAGGGAGUCACUUUAAGCGCAAGCAAGUGGUGGUGCCCGCUAUGGAACACGAAUAUAGACACGGAUUCCAGCAUAUUCUUCCAAAAGGAGAAGUCAACAUCCGAGCGGCGCAUGGCACGCUGGUCGUAUGGUUGCAAAACCCAGCCGGUGCUGCACGAUGGGGACCUACGGAGGAGCGAGUCGAGGCCUUAUUGGAAGCGUGGCGACCCGGUCGGGAACGAGAACGAGACAGGCAGGAACUCCUAUCUCCGCCAAGGCAGACACAUCAGCCGAUACCCUCAACACCAGUGCCUGUACCAACGACGCCGACCACGCCAACAAUUGUGCCACCAGUGCAGACAUUACCCACUCAUCCCAUAUAAUUGUUGAAUAAUCUACCGGAAGAGGAAAAACACGUAUAUAAAUAGUCUCGAAAAUAAAUCUGAAUGAUUGAGAAAAAGAGGUACGAAAUUUAUACCUUGUAAAAUAACAAACAUUCUCGUGGUGGAGAUUGGUUUUAUACUAUUUUAUUAGUGAUUAUGAAAUUGGCAAGGGAUAAUGUGUGAGAAAAUAGGAGAGACAUUAGGCGAUCAUGUGUGCGAGAAAAUUGCACUAUAGAGACACAUAUGAAAACAUUAUUUGCUCUAUAGUAACAAUUUUAUAUUGAUGACAAGAUGAUCCAUUGUGAUGUCCCUUUAUGUUUCCAAACGAUCUCGUAGAAAUCGUUUUUAUUGACAACCGAUGCUUGAUCAUUCGGCCUCCUUGUUCUAUAUUGAGACGGAAUCAGAUUCCGUUGUCUAUGUUAACAAAUAGCAAAAUUAUUAUAUAGGAAGUACAUUGAGGAAUAUGCAUCUAUAAUUAUCUGCUAUAUAUAAAUAGAGUUUACCUAUCAACACGAAAACAAGCACACAUUGCAGAAAGUCUAAAUUUGUCAGUUUGGACAGUUAAUUGUUGUCGGGAUACUGUGUUGGACUUUGUGACAUGUGAUGCUUUGAGUAACAGUUAUACUUGCUAUGCAAGAUAAAAAAAUUGGCACUAUUACAAAUGUCAAAAGAAACUGAAUUUACGCAAGUAACAAAUGUACAUGCGUAUGUGUAUGUGUGUAUGUAUGCGGGUACAAGUAGGCAUACACGUUGCCUAGAAAUCUGCUCGUUUCUCGUGAAGAAGACGUUUUAUCGAAAAAUUGUUAAGUAACAUUGCUGCAUUUUCAAUCAUGACAAUCUUUUCUUUUCAUACAGAUGAACGCUCGGAAGAAAAGGAAGAAGUCAGCGACGCAUUUUAUUUUAAAUAAUUUUGUUGGUGCAAUAUUUUGUAUCGAUUUAUAUCUGAGAUCUGUAGACACCAGUAUACAGAUUAGAGACUCCCCCUCAAGAGAAAUAUUUUUAUUCUUUAAUGAAUACAUGUAUCAUGUAGAGAGUAUACUCAACGCAAUUAUACUUUUGUGUUAUUCUUUUCUAUGAUAUAAUAGGCAUUCGUAUUUAUCUGGUGAUAUGUUUGGAGUUUAUCUUCUGUACAUAUUCUUUUGAAUAUUCUACGAAGUUCUUGAUAUAUAAAAACAAUUGAAAUGCCAUCAAGGAUACAUUAUACAUUUUCACAAACUUUUUCACAUCAAGCAUAUCUAUAUUGAUUAUAGCGUAUAUCGAGAGGGUAGAUAGAUAGAUCACUUAGAAACGGAAUAAUAAAGUUAUAUUAUACGCACAUUUAUAAGUAAUGUAUCGGAGAUCACAUAUACGUGUAUGUUACUGAAUUGAUUUUAUUAAAAAUAUUUGUGGUCUACAGUCUUUUUACAAGCGGUUGUCGACAUGUCGGCCACUUCUCAUUCAAGAAGAGAAAUAAUAUUUACAUCUCUUAUAAAUUUUGUAUAUUUUUAUUAAGAGAGUAUAUGUGUGCUAGAUGUACGCUAGAGAGGAGUAGAGUGUGUACAUACACAUGUGCAUAUAGGCGCACACAUGCCCAUGCGCGUGCGUGUGUAUAGCCAUCUUUAGCAUGCGUAUAUUUAUAUAUAUAAUAUAUAUACAUAUACAUAUAUGCUUACGCAAUUGAUAGUAAAUAAGACAAUACGUAAAAUAUAAGUUAAGAAUUUUGUGAGAUACUAUAUUGUUUUAUAGGCAGCAAAAACGAUUAGGUAUCUGCGAUUAGGUUAUAUUACAACUGUAUUGUAUUACAGCUUGAUAGAGUCCAAGAGUAAAAAAAUUUUUCUUGUAAAUCUUUACAUUUAGUGAAUAAUGUAUCUUCCACUGGGAAAAAAUUACAUUUUCCCACGUUUAAUCGUUCUAUUAGAUUGUAAAAGUCAAUCUUACUUAUCACAUCCGCGCGAGCUUUUUAUCAUAGAUAUAAUUACACUUAUUAUAGGACAUGAGAUAAUUAUUGCUUUUCUUCAUGCUUUAUUUUGUGUUAACAUUUGCAGUUCUUUUCUUUUCCUUCUUCCUUUUCGUCGUGAAUAUCUCUUUCUAAUUAUCUCAUGCAUUUUACUUGUGUUUUGCUAUAAUUCAAGAUGGCAUCUAAUAUAGUGCUUACUGUACAAACGUAAUCUUAGAAUGCGGCAUGGCGAAAUGUUAUAUCUUCUAAGAGGAAAUUUAAAUAAAGUUAACGUGAAGAAUU